AUGAUUUCACAGGUGGCAUGCGUGCCGCGCAUUUGCCAAUCAUGCCGGCAGGGCCUCCUACUUCGCCGGAACCCGACCUUCAGCGCCGCCCGCUUCUUCCACCCCGACACCGUACUCCAGCGACGCGGAAAUGACGCCUCUGUUGUCCAGAGUAAAGCCAGGAUAGAAGCCCUUAUUUCAGGGAAGCCUUGGGAAGAGGAGAAGCCUUCUGGGGGUAGGAAGCGACGGAAUACGCCCAAGUCACGGAGAAUACAAGACGACGAAUUGCCGGACUGGGGACUCUCUUCAGAGCAAAAGAAACCUGUUACCGAGAAGAAAAAGCCCGUUGUCCAGAAAAAAAGGCGUGCUGCCCAAAAACCAAAGGCUUUCAGGGACCGAGAUGGCGAGACAUCUACCUCGAGAUCGAAUAUCCACAGUCAAUUAUAUGAUCUAAGCCCAACCAUUAGUCGCUCAAAGAACUCAAAUAUGUGGAAGGAAGCCGCUGCCAAGGGUUUAUCGGACGUUGAAGGGCAUCGAAUAUCUAGAGGCAAGAGUACAACAAACUAUGAAGAAAAUUGGGCUUCCAAGAUUGAGGAGAUCAAAACAGAUGCCAAAGAAUAUGAUGAAGGCAAAACUACUCCCACGGCUACAGUAUCCCUCGAAGACGAUCGACCCUCCAACAACGAAAUAGUCUCUGGUAAUGCACCGGGAUCUUUGGGUGCUAGCCCAGAGGAUGUACCUAGCAACAGUCUAGGGUUCACACCUGAGAGCAUCAGCAUCACUGGAGCUGAAACUUUCAACGCUGAAGCCGUAUCCACGGCGCAAGCAGGGGAUGACAGCGCAAUCGCCGAGGCGGAUGAAGGGUCUGCUGAUUCAGAGAGGCCCAGGAGCUAUGCCAAGCGGGAAUUCAAACACCAGCAUCUAGAGCAACGUAAUAUCAGCAUAAGCGCUCUUGGGGAAGACAUUAGCGCUCUAGUGCUCUCGAAUCCGGACAAACUCAAGCGGAAAACUAAUCCUGUCGUAUCGCUCCCUCGGGACAGAGGAGUUCUCGGGUCUGAACUAGAUUGGACAAGUCUUCUAGAUGAUACAGAUGCCCUGGACGACAUUUCCGUUCAAGUGAGAAGGAACAUCGAGGAAUUUCGGCCCAAAGAUUCGAGUGUUAUAAAAGCAAAGGACUUCAAGAAAAUAAUACGGGCCCUUUUUAAUGGAUUCACAAACGAACAACUAGCUGCAUAUUUCCGCCAAACUUUGGAAACCAGCAGCAGAGCGACAAAUGAGACGCCAAAAUACCCCUGGCUCGUCAAACAAACUACAUGGGUUCCUUCAAACCCUGAAUUACUGGGCCCAUUAUCCCCGAAGCAGAAAGUUGCCUACUUGAUUCUGAAAGAAGCUUGGGCGCUCGACAUACAGGAACAAAACGAGGGCCUAGGCGCUGUGUCUGUGACUCUUCGGCCAGAUGUUUUCGAGCUCAUUUCUAAUCCAUCUACUGGCGCUCUCAAGUCUCUUCAAUACGAUAUUUUGGAUGAGUCGAGCAACGAAGAUAUUGUAGCAAAUGAGAAGAAGCAUGAACUUGGUAUUUACGCUCGCAAAGCUUCUGUCCGCACCAUCUUGUCGCGAAUUGACGAGGCUGCGGCGUCGAUGCGGACACAGGAGCUUUCUGUCCAGGGGGUCGACUCUCUUGAUUUACAAAAAGAUGUCUUGGCCAGACUCUCCAGUAUUACCAAAACCUCCAUUCAAUAUCGUAAAGAGGACUCGAUAUUAAACGUCAAAUGGUUGGAUCAACAUAGCCCAGCCGCAAACACGAAACCAUCUCCUAGCGGACCAAGCCUACAAGUCGAAAGUCCUCCAGACAUCGUACUCAGACUGUUACUUCAAGAUCGUUACAUUCGAGAUCGUUUCCAGUCGACGUCAGAUUACUGCGUGCUUCCUCCUUCAGAAACGGCCAUGUUCAUGCCUCAUGGGCGCGAGGUCCGAAGCUUGUCUUGGAGAAAUAAGUUGAGAACCUGGUCUCGAUAUGUAAUGCCAGUAGGUAAAUCAUCUUCGGAAAACACAGCGCAACUCAAGUUGUCCAGUAGCAAACGUCUUCUGCGUAAAACAUCAAAGUUGAAGACGGAUGGGCCACAAGUUCGGUUUGCUGCAACAUUUGGCCAUAUCUUACAUUCGGACGCAGCAGCGCCUUCGCCUUCCAAAAGGAAGAAGACUACCGGACACCGCGUGCUUCUUCCAGUGCUGCCACACCCAGCUGCCUUCACGAGAUUAAUCGGAAAGGGAAAGGCGAACCCUCCACUCUCGAAAAGCAGCUCCAUCGUCCUCAAUUUCAUACCAACGCAGCAUGACAGCAAAGCGCCAGAAGUUCGGCUUUCUCUCCCAGUCAAUGCCGAUGACGACUUUUCCGACUUCACAAUGUCUGAUGAGUCCAAGCUCUAUGCUAUCUCUCCGAUCCACCAGCAAGACUUCUUGUGCCCAAGAGAGAGUGUCGACGUGCGUGUAACUCAGCAAAGCGAGUUACCAUUAGACUUGGCGAAACAAUCUCACAUUCGAGAAUUCUUCAGGGCCUCGGAGUUCAACCUCGUAGAAGGUCGGCUUCGAACCCCAAGUCAUACACAAAUCUCCUUACCCGCACACUUACUUCCCGAGCCAUCAAAAGAUGCGCAGACUGCCUCUGAGGUGGGAUAUACUUUCGCAGGGCUCGAAAUCCAUCAGACUAUGGACCUGGAGUGGCACGACCACAUCCUCAGGUACAACAGCAUCGAGGCGGGUCAACACGGAGGCACCCGCCAAGAGCUCUCUCUCCAAGCCGUUCAAGACCCCAACGGCCCCACCAAUGCAGUCCAUCGGUCCCAGUUCCUUCAUGCCGUGAAUGGGAUUGUGACCGGCAAGUUUUUCUCUUGGACCGAGGGAUACAAAGCGAUUCGUAAACUUCCCGAAGAGCAUGAGCUCGACAGCGAGCAGAAUCAGGGUUAUAAAAAUAUGGAAGGCUUGAAGGUCGACACCCCCGAUUUCCAUCCGGAUGACACUUGGUCUCAUGCUUCGGGUGAGAGUCAUGUUCACUCUGCAGAACCCACCUCCAUAUAUGAGCAGUCCGAUAGAACACUUGAGAGUGGAGAGGAACUGUCUCUUAUCGUUCGACAAGCUUUGAGCGGCGAGGAAGGAUUACAAUCGACACGGUAUACGAAUCAAGGUGAAGAUGCGAUUCGGGCAGGGGAAAGGCUUGUUCGCAUGAUCGAAGAAGCACUGGCCCAAGAAGCAGCUCCUGUCGAGGGUGGUAACAUUACUUCUGAUGAUCAUCACGCAUCUAUAUCCGCGAUUACCCAGGCCGAGGAUGUACUACGAACAACAGAACAGCUCACCAUAACCAUCGAAGAGUCUCUUGAAGAACAAAAAAGUCAGGGGCGCGAGGAAACACUAGGCCAAGAGGCAACUCCGCCAGAGAGUGACAGCAUUACUUUUGAUGAUCUUAUCCCUAGUUCUACGCUUGAUGAGGCCGAGAAUGGAUUGCGAACAGCAGAGCAGCUCGUCACAAUAGUCGAAGAGGCAGUAGAAAAACAGAAGAGUGAUGAAGGUGUGGAUGGCCGGAAUACUUCUACGAAGUAG